GAUAGGUUAUCUGCUUUUUCCUAUUCUAGGCAUUUGCGGGAGGCCGAAAAAGGAGCCACCAUUUUAGCUUCUUCCUUUUUCUUACUAUCCUAUGGCGCUCAACAAUCCAACCACACAUUCGCUUCCCCGUAGUUCUUGGAGUUCGCUUUGGAGCUGGGAACAAUGAAUGCGGAGUGAAUAGAUUCCUCGUAUUGGAGGAAGGAAGACAGGAAGAACAAAGACCGAAGCCUUUAAAAAGAUUUCUGUAUCGCAAAGGUUGGUUUUUGUAGGUCCAAACAACAGCCGAAUUGGUGCAUGAAUUAAUUUAGCACGAGAGGAAAACUGAAUUCAGAAGACAAUGUCUAGCUUUGUUGGUGUUCUUGUCUCUGAUCCAUGGCUUCAGAGCCAAUUCACCCAAGUGCAGCUUCGAACGCUCCAAACAAAAUUCACUUCCGCAAAGAGAUCGGAUGCCGAGCAUGUAACUAUAAAAGAUUUGCCGCCAGUGAUGGAGGAGCUUAGGGGCAUUCAGGAGGUUCUAACCGAGGAGGAUAUCACCAACUUCUUGAGCGAGUCAUACCCUGAUAUGAACCAGUCAAUCGAAUUUGAGCAGUUCCUUAGGGAGUACUUAAGCCUUAAAGCUAAGGGAACCAACAAAUCAGGAGGCCAAAAGAACUUGAAGGGAUCAGUGUCCUUUUUGAAGGCAUCGACCACUACUCUCUUGCACGUCAUUAAUGAGUCUGAAAAAACUUCUUAUGUCAAUCAUAUCAAUAAUUUUCUUGGGGACGACCCUUUCCUAAAGAAUUUCUUGCCAUUGGAUCCAACAUCAAACGAUUUAUUUAAUCUUAUUGGGGAUGGUGUUCUGCUUUGCAAGUUGAUCAAUGUUGCCGUUCCCGGCACAAUAGACGAGAGAGCAAUCAAUACAAAGAAGGAUCUAAAUCCGUGGGAGAGGAAUGAGAACCACACUCUUUGUCUCAACUCCGCCGAGGCCAUUGGUUGUACUCUAGUUAACAUUGGGACACAAGAUCUGAUUGAAGCCAGACCUCAUCUAGUUCUUGGUUUGCUAUCCCAAAUUAUAAAGAUACAACUCUUAGCUGAUUUGAAUCUGAAGAAAACACCUGAGUUGUUGGAGUUGGUGGCUGAUGAUAACAGCAAGGAAGCAGAGGAGCUUGUCAACUUAGCACCAGAUAAGAUGUUGCUCAAAUGGAUGAACUUCCAUAUCAAGAAAGCAGGUUACAAAAAAACUGUAACAAAUUUCUCUACUGAUGUUAAGGAUGGUGAAGCGUAUGCUUACCUUCUCAGUGCCCUUGCUCCCGAGCAUAGCUCAACGACCCUGAUAGAAACUACAGAUCCUAAAGAAAGGGCAAAGAAAGUACUUGAAACCGCCGAAAAGCUUGAUUGUACAAGAUAUGUAACAUCUAAAGAUAUUGUUGAGGGUUCAGCAAAUCUGAACUUGGCAUUUGUUGCAGAAAUAUUCCAGCACAGAAAUGGUUUAUCAUCGAACAAUGUCGCUCCUGUCAUCGAAGAUACCCCUGGUGAUGUUAGGACAGGAUCGGUUCUGCUGGUGGUGCUUGACAAAACAAAAAGCUACGUUUCCUUGAUUCUUUCCACUGCGUAUGGUAUUUUUUGCUACCUGAUGAACCAGUCGCAUUUGUUUUUUCUCUACCUCCGGCGAAAUUUUCCAAGGGGUUCAAACAGAAUUCCGCGAGAAAAACCGGAAUAGCUAAUGAGCUGACGUUUUCUAGAAGUGUUGUUUUUCUAGGGAAUGCUCUCUGGUAUAUUUGAUCUCGUGUGCGAACCUCAAAGCAGUGACAUGUGGCAAUUUUUGUUGUUUCCCAUGUACUCUUUCGAAGGAACAAUGCAAACAUUUGUUCACAUACACCAUCCAGAGAGAAGGACUCCGUGUGUAGCAUGGCACCCUACGAUGUAGCAUGGCAAUUUACUUAUAAGAAUGUAUAACAACUCUUCUGUGUACACAACAAUUCGUCCUGUUACCGCAUGGCAAUUUUUUUAACAUGUGGGCAAGUCUUCC